GAAGUAUAUGUUUCAUGAACUGGGGCAACUGGCGGCACUACCCUCGGCUCAAACUCAAACUGUCUCUAUCCUUCGUUCGUCCGCGCGUGUUCAAUCUGGUCCAAUCGAAACUGAUCGAAACACUUGAUGUAUUAGAGGCAUUAGCAGGCAUCCACGAUAAUUCUAAUAUAAGCGUUAUCCAGCAAAAAUAUUAUUUAUAUUCAGCGAGAAAGAGAGCAAUUAGGAGCUAUUAGAGAGCAAUGGCAUCGCACGUAACGGAAUUUUACAAUGGCAAGAGUAUAUUUAUUACCGGUGGUACCGGUUUCCUUGGCAUCUGUUUGAUAGAAAAACUCCUGAGAUGCUGCCACGGUGUCACGAAUAUUUAUCUGCUAAUUCGAUCGAAGAAGGGAAAGGAGAUUACGGAAAGAUUGGAGGAAUUAACGAAAAAUUCGGUUUUUAAUAGAUUGAGGGAGGAAAAGCAAACUGAUUUAUUUAAGAAACUGAUCGCAGUUGGUGGAGAUGUUGGUGAAGAAAAUUUAGGACUGUCCUCACAAGAUCGAACAACUUUGAUAAAUACAGUACAAAUUGUUUUUCAUUCAGCUGCUACAUUAGACUUUGAAGCCGAUCUGAGGAAUACGACAAACAUUAAUUUGUUAGGAACUCGUAGAGUCGUUGAACUUUGCCAGGAGAUUAAGAACUUUAAGGUGCUGGUGCAUGUUUCUAGUGCAUAUGUUAAUUCAAUGUUGCAUAAUGUAGAUGAGAUAGUAUAUCCUGCACCUGCAGAUGUAAAUACAGUUCUGAAACUGAUUAAUACGUUGGAUGCUGCUACCUUAGAUGCAAAAACACCAGAGAUAUUAAAUGGUCAUCCAAAUCCUUAUACAUUCACUAAACAUCUGGCUGAACAUGAAGUAGCAAAUGCAGGACUUUCAGCAUCUAUUGUGCGCCCUUCAAUGAUAAUAGGAGCAUGGAAAGAGCCGAUUCCAGGAUGGACAAUAUCGAAAAAUGGACCACAGGGUUUCAUAAUGGGUGCCAGUAAGGGUAUUGUGAGAAGAUUGCCAGUUGCAGAAAAUCUUGUUUAUGAUUACAUUCCAGUAGAUAUAGUAGUGAACAGCCUUAUUGUCGCAGCUUAUAGUGUCGAUCGAGACAGCGACAAGGGAUUAAAGGUAUAUCACUGUACAUCUAGUACGUGCAAUGCUUUCAAAUGGCAGAAUGUUGAAAAAGAAAUUAACAAGUAUUUACAUAAGUAUCCAUUACGAAGUGCUGUUUGGUAUCCAUAUCUCAAAUUUUUACCGUCGCUUUUCUUGUUUAAAAUUUCGGCUAUUUUUGUUCAUUUUAUUCCUGCCUAUAUUUUGGAUACAAUCACACGAGUAUGUGGAGGCCGUCCAAUUCUUGUUCGUUUACAUACAAAUGUUAGCAAAUCAUUAGGACGUCUUGAGAAAUUUAUUUUCCAAGAAUGGAGAUUUAAUAAUCCAUGUAUGUUGCAACUGCAUGAGUCAUUAUCCCCAGAUGAUCAAAAAUUAUUUACAUUAGACAUUAAGCCAUUAAUCUGGAAAGACUAUUUUGUGGAUUUGAUACAAGGUGUCAGAGUGUACCUUCAUAAUGAGUCACCGAAAUCUUUGCCGAAAGCACGUUCUAAAGAUAGAAUAUUGAUGAUCGCUCAUUUGGGUUUGCAAGCUGCUUUGUUAGGUCUAAUCUGGUGGUUGGUUAAAGUUAUGUUUGCUACAACGUGGACAAAAACCGGCUUAAUUGUACCAAUAACAUAUUUACUUUUUGAUCAAUUGUAAGCAAUAUUUAAAAAUACGAUCGUUUUCAGUUGAAUAAGCAUAGAAGUGUUAUUCAUAUAUAUAAAAUUUAUUUUACACAAACAGAAGCAUAUAUGUAUAUGCACAUAAAACAUAUCUUCAUAUCAAUAAACUUUUUUUGUAUACUUUAAUAUGAAUAUCAAAUACUUUUGCAUUUUAUAUAUAAGCUUUGGAUAUGCUCUCUCUUUAUAAAUAUUUAGAAUGUUUAAAAUGUGCCUUUGGCAAUUGAUAGUUAGCAUAUUGCUUAGGGGCAUAUUAAUGACACUGUGACGUUACUGAUACAUUAUAGAUUUUUAUUUAUAGUGUUUUCGAAUGAACAGGAUAAUCUAACCCGGAUCAAUUAAUUACUAUAUUUUACUAUGAAUUCAAGUCUUUUAUUGGCAGAGACGAUGCAAUGACGUCAUUAAUCGCUCUCAGAGUGAUUAAACCUGUUACAUUCGAAAAUGCUAUUAGAAAAAGUAGUAUGGUUGGAUAAUAUUUGGAAACGUUGAUUUACUUAUAUAUACAUAUACAUAAAAUUAAUAAUAUUAAAAAAGCUGCUCUGUAGAAGCUUAAGAAGCAAAAGCUAUAUAAAAUAUAAAGGUAAAAAUUAUUGGAUAUUGAAAAUAUAGAGA